AUGGAAGCAGGCAGGCCAGGAGAUGCGGCUGGUGGAGCGACAGGCGGGGAGGAUCAGCAGAAGCGACGAAGGACACGAUGGGGGCGCGAUGGACCUGGCGAUGGCGCGUCGGCCGCAGAAGGUCCUGCAACUGCUGCCGCAUCAGCCGCGCCGCCUGCAGUUUCUUCCGACGCUGCGACAACUCCCGCAGCAGCUGCUGCUGCAGCUGCAGCCCCCGCAACAGGAGGCACCACCUUGAAGCUGCCGUUCAGCGUGCAGGCAGCCGCAGCAGCCGCAAAAGAAGCUCUCGAAAAGGCAAAGCGAGCGGCUCAGCUGCAGCGGCAGAUGCAGGAGCAGAUGAGGCAGCAACAAGCAGCAGCGGCCGUUGCCGCUGCAAGCACCGGGACGGGAGCGGCAGCUCCCUCUGCGGCUGCUGCUGCCGCUGUUGCAGCCGGCGCAGCCUCCAGCACGACGAGCCCUGCAGCAGCUGCUGCUGCUGCAGCGGCAGCUGCCACUUUAGCAGCGCAACAAGCGAAGGCAGGCACGGGAGCGCUGGGUCACUUUUUGCGGGUCGAGGCUGACAUGCUGCAGUACAAGCAGCAGCAGCAGCAGAGAGAUGCCGACGCAGCAGCAGCAGCAGCUGCUGCUGCUGCAGUAGAAGAAAAUCCUUCUCAAACACCCCUGCAGAAGCUGGAUGCCGCCGUGCCAGAUUUCGCAAGGAUAUGGACAAAACUGGACGCACUCGUCGAACAUCCUGCACCCGUUAUUCUCGCCACACGGGGUGAUACAGUCGUUAAUAUGUAUCUCACGCCGCAGGAAAGAAAGAAACUACGGCGCCGGAAGAGGCAGGAGCGAGAACGAGAGAAGCAAGACAAGAUUCGCAUGGGCUUAUUGCCUCCUCCUCCCCCGAAGUGCAAGCUUAGCAACUUGAUGAGGGUUUUGGGGGAUGUCGCUGUCGCGGACCCUUCCAAAACGGAGAAGCGAGUGCGAGAGCAGAUGGCUGCUCGCCUAGAAGGGCACGAAAAUCGCAAUCAGGAAAGGAAACUCACAAAAGAAGAGAAAACAAAGAAGACUAUCAACAAGUGGAGGUUGAAGCAACAGAACACGUGCAGUGUCGCCGUCUUCCGCGUCAGGUCUCUCGCAAAUAAAAGGCAUCUUUUUAAGGUCGAUACAAACGCGAGGCAGUUUCAUGUGACCGGUGUCUGCGUCAUCGCCCCCCCCCCUCUUUGGAAUGUGGUUGUUUUCGAGGGUUCCCAUCGGUCGAUCAAGCGCCUAAGGGCUCUGAUGGAGAGGAGGAUAAAGUGGAAGGAUGCAGAAGGGGGUAACGAUGCGCACACAAAGGGCCAGCCCGAUGAACACUAUUGGGAACACGCACAAAAAUUCAGAGACGCUCAUAUCGACUAUUGA